UGCUGCUCUUUAUCAAUUAUCAACAACGCUAUGCUGCUCUUUUUCACGGAGGAGGGCUUCAACUUUCACCUCCCCCUCUUCAUGAACAGCAACAAAUCUUGACCCAUCAAUGGCUUUUCCACGUUCCGCGAUCCUUUUUCUGUUCCUUCUCUUCUUUCUUUCCCAGUCAAUAGGUAAAGAAGAGGAGCAAGAAGAAGAAGAAUUCUCAGAGGAAUUGCUGUUGAAGCCAUUGCCCGAUCGGAAAGUCCUGGCCCAUUUCCACUUCCAGAGCAAAGUUCCACCCACUGAAACCCAUGGCCCGCACCACCGUCUCUUCCCCAAAGCCAUUUACCAGCUGGUACACAAAUUUCAUAUUCAGGAAAUGGAGUUGUCUUUUACACAAGGCCGCUGGAAUUAUGAACGCUGGGGUGGCAAUGACCCCAUAUCAAGUAAUAAUGCCAAGCCCCCCGGAGUUGAACUGUGGGCUGUCUUUGAUGUACCCCAAGAUCAGGUUGAUGCUUCAUGGAAAAAUCUUACCCACACUCUCUCAGGCCUCUUUUGUUCUUCAAUCAACUUCCUAGAGUCUUCUACUACAUAUUCUGCUCCUGAUUGGGGCUUUCACCAAUUUGCAGGCAAUUUGAGGUAUGGAACCUUGCCUCGUGAGGCUGUUUGCACUGAGAACCUGACUCCAUGGUUGAAGUUACUCCCUUGCCGAGAUAAAGCAGGGCUUUCAGUAUUAAUGGAUAGACCCUCUAUAUAUAGAGGAUAUUAUCAUUCUCAGCGUCUGCAUUUGACCUCUACUGAAUUUGAUUCAAUGGGUUUGAACAUGGGUAUAGUGCUUGAACAGACACUCACAGUUGUUCUUCAACCUAAUGAUCCAGGAAAUAGUAUGAUGUAUUCCAGUGACUCAACAUUACCACAAAGUUGGUCUCUUAGCUCACUUUUUGGGAGGAAAGUUGGUGGAAAAUGUGUUCUUGCCAAGUCUAGUAACGUAUACGUUCAACUUGAAGGGGACUUAGUCUCUGAACUGAAUAGUCGAAAGAAGGAAAAUGAGAGGGAUGACAAUGACAAUCUUGAUUUUGAAGGUUCCUGGAGUAACUUUGGCUUUGAGUUAUCUGUUUCCCCAGAUAGCGUGAUUAAUGAGAUUAAUAGUGUUCAUAAAGGGGGGCCAUCUGUUAUGUACAAAUUUUUAGUGGAGAAUUACAGUGAUUCUAAGCCAUUUGAUUUGGGGCUUAUGUGGAAGAUCCCGGUAGCUUGGUCAUGUCCUCAGGCACCGUUACAUGCUAAUAGGUUCUUGAUGGGAAGUGGGAAUGAAAGGGGCACCAUUGCUAUCUCUUUAAAACCUACCAAACAGAGUGAGGGUUUCCAGACCCCUGAUAUCAACAACAGGAACAAGUGUAGCUUUCAUGUUAAUGUUUUCCAAGUUGUGCCGUGGUAUGUUAAGGUAUAUUAUCAUACGCUGCAAAUAUUCGUUGAUGGUAAACCUCAAUCUGUACCAGAUGUAGUGACGAAGAUGCGUGUUUCACCUUCUGAAGACAAGGUGUCACCUGGGGUAAUGGAAUUGGCCCUCAAAUUACCAUGUGGUAUCAUGUCAGCUGCAUUAACCUUAGACUUUGAUAAGGGUUUUUUGCACAUUGAUGAAUAUCCUCCAGAUGCGAACCAGGGAUUCGACAUCCCAUCGGCUGUUGUAAGCUUUCCUGACUUCCGAGCAAGUGUGAAUUUUCUUGAAGAUGCCUCUUCUAACAAAUCACCCCUACUGGUUAAAAUGCAGGAGAGAAGUCCUGUCUUGUCAUAUACAGAAGUACUGCUUGUCCCUUUAACGACUCCUGAUUUUAGCAUGCCUUACAAUGUCAUCACUAUUACAUGCACUGUGUUUGCUUUAUACUUCGGAUCACUGCUCAAUGUACUACGGAGGCGUAUGGGCGAGGAAGAGAGACUUUUAAAAAGCAAAGCUGCCAAGAAAAAUGAACAGUUUCCCGUGCUUCUAUCCAAGUUGUUUGCCAAAUUGAGAGGAAGACCAUGGGAACCGCCACAAUCAUCAACAUCCACGUCAUCAUCUUCUUCUUCGUCAUCCUUGCUAAGUUCAAAGCUAUUAAUUAAAGUUGUUUUAGUGGCUGCGGUGGCGGCUGGUUGGCAGUAUUAUUCUAGAUGACCUCCAGAGCAAGUCCGAAAGGAACAUUCCUCGUUCAACAUGUGGUAAACAGAAUGAACAUAAAGAAGAUUUUCACUUGGUAAGAACAUUUUUUAAGGGUUUGUAUCCCGGUUUUUGUAUUGCCUAGACUACUAAUCAUCGUCAUUUCUAAAAUAGUUACCACUUUGGUAGGUGAUAAAUGGCAGUUAUCUCAUCUUGUUAGCUAAUAGAAAUCUUAUCAGUAGUUGUGGAAUUCUUAUAUGAUUUGUCUCACGCAACAGUUGUGCAAGUAUUUCAAUUCUUCUUAUGAAAUGAAGGUUUUGUGCU